AGGGGCCCUGGCCAAGCUGGGCGCCAGGCGGUUAGGCAGGCCCGGUGGGUGCAGGGCGCCUCCCCACCCCGUCUGCUGCUGCGGCUGUGCCAGUCUGGCCUGCUUCCCGGACUCCACCCCGGGCAGGCAGGGCACCUGGGGCUCCCCGACUUUCUCAGAUGUCUUUGGCCCCUGAAAAGCAGGCUCCCCGCAAGCCCGGGACACCAGAGAUGGGGACCGACUGCCCCAGGACACAGUCAGGCAGCUGGUGUCUGCACCCAGAUGACUAAUGCCUCGGGGCUCCUGGGAGCCCCCCCGCAGGCCGUGCCCGCCAGGCCGCAGGUGGACCGCGUGGGGAACAGCUCCCAGGGCACCUCCCAGCUCUUCCUCACCACGGCGCUGGCCCGCGGCGUCUCGGGCGUCUUCGUGUGGACCGCCCUGGUGCUCACCGGCCACCAGAUCUACCUGCACCUGCGCUCCUACACCGUCCCCAGCGAGCAGCGUCACAUCAUCCGCCUGCUCUUCAUCGUCCCCAUCUACGCCUUCGACUCCUGGCUCAGCCUCCUCCUCCUGGGGGGCCACCAGCACUACGUCUACUUUGACUCCGUGCGGGAUUGCUACGAAGCCUUUGUCAUUUACAGCUUCCUGAGCCUCUGUUUCCAGUACCUGGGGGGCGAGAGUGCCAUCAUGGCUGAGAUUCGGGGAAAACCCAUCCGGCCCAGCUGCUUCUACGGCACCUGCUGCCUUCGGGGCAUGUCCUACUCCAUCGGGUUUCUGCGCUUCUGCAAGCAGGCCACGUUGCAGUUCUGCGUUGUGAAGCCCAUCAUGGCCUUGGUCACCAUCGUCCUGCAGGCGUUGGGCAAAUACCACGACGGGGACUUCAACAUCCACAGCGGUUACCUCUACGUCACCCUCAUCUACAACGCCUCCGUGAGCCUGGCCCUCUACGCCCUGUUCCUUUUCUACUUCGCCACCAGGGAGCUCCUGAAGCCCUUUGAGCCUGUCCUCAAGUUCCUCACCAUCAAGGCCGUCAUCUUCCUCUCUUUCUGGCAGGGGAUGCUGCUGGCCAUCCUGGAGAGAUGUGGGGUCCUCCCUGAGGCCCAGGUCAUCGAGGGGAGCAGGGUGGGGGCCGGCACCGUGGCUGCCGGCUACCAGAACCUCGCCAUCUGUAUCGAGAUGUUCUUUGCCUCCAUCGCCCUGCGCUACGCCUUCACCUGCCAGGUGUACUCGGAGAAGAAAGAGCGCUCGCCAGCCCCCACGGCGCCCAUGCAGAGCAUCUCCAGCAGCCUCAAGGAGACCGUGAGCCCGCAGGACAUCGUGCAGGACGCCAUCCACAACUUCUCACCCGCCUACCAGCAGUACACGCAGCAGGCCACGCACGAGGCCCCGGGACCCGGCCAGGGCAGGGAUCCCUUGCCCAGCACCCACCCUGGCAUGGAUGGUGGCUGCGGCGGGGGCAGGAAGAGCCGCAACGUGGAGAAGAGGAUGUUGAUCCCCGCGGAGGAGCUGUAGGGGGGCCCCGAGGUCAGCGGCCGCCUGGCUGGGGUCAGUGGUCCAGGCCGCUGGGAAAGGACAGGGCCCCUCACCCACCGACCGUCUUGCCAAAGGUCAGGCCUCUCCUGGGAGCCUCCUGCUAGGCCCGUGGAGGCCACUGCCCAUCCCGCCUCUGGCCAGUGGAGCGGGUCGCUUGGUAGCCCUGCCAGGCGCCCCGGGGCCGCACCAUCGCCUGGUGGGCCCUCGGCCUCAGAAGAGGGCACCUGAGCCUACCUGACAAGCCCAGGGACCUGCCAGGCUCACUUGGCCGUCGGCUCAGGUGGCCUCCCUGGAUGGACAGCUCCCGGGCAGGGCUGGGCAGCCCGGAGCUGCGGGCCUUGCAGGCAGGAGGGCUCCGCGCAGAGUGCAGGGGGUGGGGUGGCCCCGUGGAGGAAGGGCCGGUGUGGCCGCUGGGAGUCUGGGAGGGGCUGGGGCCACCGGUGGACGGCUCUGGCUUCCUGGUGAACUGCACUUAUUUAUGCAUAAACAGCCUGGGUUUUCUAGUGACUCUAGUGGCCUGUGUUCCUGCAGGGUCAGUGCUCUAAUGAAUGGACCACAGUGAGGCGGACAGAUGAGACCCAUCGUGCGAAGUCUGGGUGCAGCGGGGAGGGUCCCCGUCCACUCUGGGGCCGCGGGCCACAGUAGCAGCUGAGAGCGGGCAGGCAACAAGCUCGGACUAGAGCGGGGAUGGCCUGCCCCGCCGUGCGCACGGCUGUGCGGUCCGGAGCCUUGGCCUCCCCAGUUCAAGGCCCCGUGCCAGCCCCGCCCGAGGAGGGGGCUGGUGCCCGGGAUCCUGGGACCCAGGAGGCGGAACAGGACAGGGGUAGUGAGGGUGGGCCCUGGACAUCAGGGGGCCCCGCGUGGGGAGGGGGCGGCAGCGGGUUGUGAGCCUUGGUCCGUCCAGUGUGUCUGGGGCGCUCAGUAGGGUGGGGCGGGAGCCGGGGAAAGGUGCCGGGUGGUGCGCCCACGGGCAGGCGUGCGGAGCUGGCAGCGCUGCGGCAGGAAGGCCCGGGCACCACCCAGCCACGACCUCCCACGCCUCCCGGCCGCCGGCUCCCAUGUCACCCAGGGAGAGAGGGAAAGGCGCUGAGGGUCUCAGAGAGACUCAGCAGGGCAGGAACCAGCCUACGGUUUCCAGGGCAGAGUGGGGUCACCCCUGUCCCCUUGUUCCCUGGGCCUGGGGCACGGGACUCAAGGCCAGCGGCCUCUCCCAGGGUCCAGCCCGGCUGCCUGAUAAGAUAGGCCGGCCUCCUCCCUGCCGCCAGCUGGGAGGUCCCCCAUCUGCCUUACCGUGCCCUCUGCGGCUGGCAGGCCCAGCUCGGGCCCCCACGUCUGUCAGCUGGUUUGUUAGCGGCCACAGGGCCCCCAGAGACCCGCUGACCCAGGAGGGAGGUUUUCUGGAGGCUGCAGGGCAGAGGCCCUGCAGUGAGCCAGGGGAGGCGGUGCUGCCCCAAGGCCCUCGUCUGGAGGCGCCCUGCUUUGGGGCCUGAGUUGCCCAAGGCUGUGUACCCAGAGGGCAUGUGGGCCAGGGCCGCCUUCCGGAGACCCCGACACAGCGUGCGGUCCUAGGGUGCUCUCAGGCGGGCCUGGCGCUCUGGGAGCACCCGCCGUGUGCCAAGGACCGGGCCAGCAAUGUCACACACACGCAAUCCUCACGACGGCCCCGGGCGGGUGGCCGAGGCCCAGGGAGGUUGAGCCACUUGCCUGAGGUCACGGAGCUGGCAAGAGGGGCUGCUUGCCCACUGGUCCCAGCCCCACAGGCCCCUCUGCCCGUGGCCAGGCUCUUCUGACGUAACAAAGUCAAGCAGUGAGGACAACACACCUGCAGGUGGGACAGAGCCUCAGAGCAGGUCAGAGCAGCUGCCGGCCUCACGGGCCUGGCCCUGCUGACAGGGAAGCGUGGGUGCUCCAAGGAGGGGUCCGCGGGCCACCUCUCCAUCUCUGACGAAACCCUGGCUCCCGAUUCCAGGCCGCACUGCGUGGGGCCAGGGGUGGCCACGGAGGCCGGUUGUCUCCCCCACAUGCUCUGGCCUCGGUGUUCUCACCUGUGAAAUGGCCCCAGCGGUCCAAGCCGCAGGGUGGCGGCCCCCAGAGCAGCUGAGCGGCCUGGGGGCAGGAACCCUUUAACAACCUCCCUGGAGCCCAGCGCCGGGCGGGGUGUGUGCCUCCCCAGCCUGCACCCAGGGGCUGCUGCCAGCUCUGG